UAGCCAGAUGAUAUAUGCCAACACAGAUACGCAUUAUCGGGAGCAUUAUUAUGAGUUUGAAUUCUAAGUUGAAAUUUAAAAAAUACAUAUUUUAAUCGGCCCAAACUCGUGAAGGAUAUCGAAACGACUUGGACACUUUUUGGUAAUCCGUGGUAUAAUUCAAAUUUCUUGGCGCCGAGAACGGCGGCAACUCGGCAAACAUACGUGGCGAUGUUCGUUUGCAAGUCAUGCGUAUAUAAAUUACCAGUGAGUUAAUUAUUACAAAAGUCAGCGAGUGAGAAAAAAAAAGAAAUGGCAGAAUGUUGACAAUUGAUUAUGUCUCCAUAACAUCAUUUAAAAUGAUCGCCCAACGGUGUGAAGUAAGGCCAACUCUGUCACAUUGUGAUCGGGGGGACUCCAGAUGCGCUCAAGAUGGCCGAGGAUUGAUUUUUCUGAUUUAAACGAACCCUGUAAACGAUGAAAUUCUAAUAUGAUAAUAUUCGGAAAUUUCUCUGAAUAUCUCUCAGAUUAAAGCAUUGAAACGUGAUUGGUUUUUAGUUGGUGUGAAUCAUUGUGAUCAAUGUGACUCUGCACGUAAAAUUGUCAGAAAAUAAUAUCGAGUCGCGAGGCAAAACCGAGCCGUCUCCGUGUGACAGCGGUUUCCGCUAGGCGCGAAAUUGUUGCGACACACAAGUAAAGAAUCACUCGUGUGUGGGGAGAGUGUAUCUUAACAACAACAACAACAACAACAACAACAAUAACUGUAACAGACUUAAACUAUUUUCGUUGUUAAUUGAUACGCAAAAGCUUUUCAUCCGUUAUUGCUAGCAUAAAUGAAUAAAGUUAAGGAGCACCAUAAUUGCGUUCUGUGCGAUUCGAAAUUAGAUUCCAAAGAAGCUCUUCAGGAACACUUCAGAAAACAUGCCAACAAGGAGAUUGACGCACGGGGACGGCCGUGUAUGCAGAAAACUAAUGCUGAAACACGAUGUGAUAUUUGUGGACAAUCAUUUGAUACAAUACCUGCCACUAUAAGGCACAGGUUUAAGGUGCAUCCAAAUUCACCGACAAAGUUUUACUGCCCUUACUGCGGUAUGCAGUUUCCAUUAAAGACUCACCGAGAUAAUCACCAAGCUACUCAUGAUCCUGAGAGCAGUACAAAUACAAAUCAUCACAAGUGUUGCAAACAAUGUGACGUUUUGUUUUACAAUGGAAAAGCUCUGGACUAUCAUUACCGAUCAAUUCACAAGAGAAUGGUUCAUCUCUUUCAACCAAUACUGACGCCACCACCGAGUAACAAAAUCAAAGUAAACUCCAUGAAUGACGCGUUGAGUGCAUAUUAUUGCCAUUUAUGUGGAGCAGAAUAUGUUAUAAAGUUCAAUCUUCAACAGCAUUUGGAAAACGCACACACACAGGAGGAGAGAGAGACAGUUCCUGACCACCUGAUAAAAUGUACUACCUGUGCGGCUAUAUUUUGCAGCAAGAGAGCAUAUGACGCACACAACAUUUUUCAUCAGCCUGAAGAUCGGUAUGUUACGUCGGAGCAACAAAGACUGCAAACUGUGACAAAGGUCGAUCAAGACUUUGAUAUUAGUAGGGUUGAACCUAUCGCUGAUAAAUAUCUCACAAAACAUAUGUCUCCAAAGAGACGUGCUAAACGUUGGCCAGAGAAAAAAAAAGUACAGCGGGUCUCGAGUAAAAGAGUCUAUGGUGAUUUCACCUCCUCUGAAGAAGACGAUGAAGGCCCACACCAGCAGCAAAUUGGAGAUGAAGACUUGAGUGACUCGAGCGACACUAGUGACUCCAAAAGUGAUUUACCGCUGGACCAACGAAUAAAGUCCAGUUAACCGAGUCAGAGUUGUGCAGCCUGAACGACGCAGCCUUGUUACCCACAUUAUUAUUACUAAAUAAUUAUCGUUUGAGAUAAAUUAUAGAGGCCGAGAAAAGUACUUAAUACGCCCGAGAUAACAGAAAUAAUGAUAAUAAUCAGCUCCCUUCUUCACGUAAAUAUGUUGUAAUUAGUUUUCUUUGAUUGUGCAUUCAGAGUAGUUUUGAUGACAAUUCAUCACUACAUGGUCAUGUUGAAUAGUUAAUGUACGGAAAAUUACUGGCUAAGCUAUUAGUCGAUUUUUCAUUAUCUCUUUCUUUAUCUUAUUCCGAGAAACAAGUUCAAUACAACGGAUGAGAAUUAAAAAAUACCAAACUCUGAAUGUGCUGAGCAUAUCGUUUUGCGUGAUACAUCUGUAACACAUAAAUAUACAAAGUUGUAUCUACAGGGUAUUCGAAAUUUUACCCUCAAUAUACGUAUUACAUAGGCGAGAAUUCUUUGCCGAUAUUGAAGGUAUGCUUGGCCAGUUUUAUAUAACAAGGUACAGCAUGAAAAAAAAAAAUGUAUAAAACUGCCUCAAGCCAAAUGGCAGACGAAAUUCCAAGG